UUGACAGAAGGCGUUGACGCGUUGCCUCACUGGGCAGCCCCACCGCGACCGGCGAUGUGGGGCCGUCUUAUUUCAGCAACGCACCGUGGCUUGGGUGUUGGCCACCCACGGCAGAUGCGCCUUGUCACGAGCCUGCUGCCGCCCCCUCUGCCGUGGUGGCUGUCUGCCCCGGCUGCAUCUCCCUCUCAAUGAUAAAGCGGUCGCCAGAAGGUGUUGUCGUGGAACCCCAGGUCAGCCAUUCUCCACUGUGACACGGGUACACAGAGGUGCUCAGCGGAGCUGCCUACGGGCCAGCUGGGGUCUUUGAGGCCGUCGGCAAGCGCACCAAUGGCGGGGCUAGCGACGUGCGCGAGUCUUUCCAGUCGUCGGAAAAUGUUGAGAACAUGCCCCGCCUCGGGCAGCUGCCACAGCCGCGCAGCGUCCCUCUGGUAUAUGUCCCACGCCUGUGUGAAGAAGCCCCUCGCUGAAGCAGGCAGGCUGCUAAAGGCAGGGUUGCCGACCUUCCCCGGCCUCCUGCUGCUCUCGAACAGCACGUAAGAGCCCAGGCGGUCGUCGUGGCGUGUGACGUGUGCGUGUCCGAGGUAGGUGUCGCGGAGGAGGGUGACGAAUCGGUGGAAAUCCUCGGACCCCAGCGGGUCGAUGGACGACGUAAAGGGCUGCAGAGUGUGCUCCAGCAGGGCGGGGGUCACCUUGUCGGCCAAACGGAGCCGAUGCAGCACCUCUAUAGCCUGGGAAAAGGUGAACUCAGACAGCCUGCAAGGACACAGCGAGACAGUUACGACAUAAGUUCAUGACGCGGGAGGCACGUAUUUGCUCACCUUGUCUGGAGCUGUUGUGCAAUGGCAUCAAUGAGAGCAUCAGUGGUGUUGGUUGGGGCCCAGUGGUCGGGUCGCCCUCUACGAUACUGCACCGUUGCCCCCGCCCCCGCCAGCAGCCGCACAAGGUCGCUGUCUGUGGCGUUGCUGUGCUGCAGAGCCGCACUUUCCAAUCGCUGCACGGCAUCCCUCACCGUGCUGCCGACAUUCCACCCCCGUCAUGCGGACGAGGCGGCCGUAGUCCUCCGCCUCCAGCUUGAGCAGCAGGUGGUCGUCCAUCAGGGUGAGGCACGUGACGGCAAGGAGGUCUUUGGUCUUGCUUCGCCGCUCGUUGAGCAGGCUGAAGACGACGUGCGCCGUCCUGUUGGCGUCCACACUCGCCCGAUUCUGGCGGAUCUUAACAACACUCUCCUGCCGCUGGCUCAGCAGCGACGAGUAAUUGGGGCCGUCGUCGUUGAACAGUUGCAUGUUGUUUCUGAGCCACUUGCCGCGGUCAUAGGCGAAGAAACGUUGAAGGGCAACAGCUCGUCCAGACGCUCGUCGACAAACACUGCAAACGACGGCACGUCCUUGGUCAGGUUGUAAUCGCCCGCCCGCUCAGAGUCCACCUUCCUCAGCUCAACCAGGCCGCCGCCGCCACCACGAGAGUCCCCGUUGGCGAGAGUGGGGGCGCUGGUGAAAAUUGAAAUGGCAAUCAGCAGCGACACUCAGGUCCACCACAGAUCUCCCAACCGCCGCUCGUAGGGCCGGUCUGCCGCUCUGCUUGCGCAUGCCAUGCUGGCGGGAGAUGGCGGGUGGGUCAAGGACGCCGUGAGUGAGUGGGGAGUCGGCGGGCGGUACGAGGUGGUGCGGAUGGGCAGCAGGAGGGCCACGUACAUGCUGCAUAACGAUGCUGCAUCGAGCCAGUAGUGGUGCAUCGAGAUGCAUGCUGGCGAUGUCAGCGGACCUUGAGCAUCGUAUAAGCGUGGUAACGAGACCAGGAGGGACAGCAGAACCCUUCAGCACGUGCGUGAAGAAGAUCC